AUGAUGAAAUCUAUUAGCUCGAGCCAGAGCUCGGCUCAACGAACGGAAAAUGACGAAGGCGGCGGCAUCGUGGAACCUGAAUCGGCUCAUAUUGCAAACGACUCUGCGAACUUGGUGUCGGAGCUACCUGACGCUAAAGGGUGGCGGGACUACGUUAACCAGUACUGGCAUGCUAAUGCGGUAUGCCACCAGUUCAGAGAUGGCGUUGACAUGCUCCCACAUGAACGCAAGUUACAUCGAUCGCGUCUUUCUCUAAUGAAGAUCAUCGCUGAAUAUGGUCAAGAAAAGCGCGCCGGUGACCAGGACCAAUUCGAGGCAGACUUUGCACUUUGCACUCAUGAUGACCUAACAGUUUACAAAAUUCUUGCAGAGAUUAGAAAACGUAAGCGAGCCCCGUCCAAACCGACUGGGCGAACGUAUUCGCCAUACAGCGGGUGUCGUCCGGACGACUGGAUGCGGACCUCUUCGGGUAAGCAUAGCGUCCCGUCGGCCAAGUCCAAGCGAAUCCCCGCUGGUACCAUGAAAUCCAUACAGAAGAUCGCGUCCUGGUCUGACAUCUCGCCGACCCACACGUCGAAGAAGUACACCAUGGCUCCAUCCAAGGUAAUCUUGAUCUUGGUAGUCAUCACCGAAGUAUAUACUGUCGACUGGAAACGUAUAUUCCACGGCAUGUUCCACAGAAUCGACCACCGUAUCGUCCACAGAAACUUCAACAGAAACUUCCUCUGCUUCAUCACAAGACUGCUGUACAGUUUCAUUUCGCGACAGCCCCACGAUUUCGUCAAGUUGCUGCACCGACAAUUUGACAACUUCAGCCCCAUCAUCAUUGACGAACUCAGCAAAUUCUGUGUCAAACCAGUUCCAGUCUACAUCGGCCAGUCUAGCAAGAUCGAUUUGGGCUUUGUAAGCAUUAUGUUUUACUUCUUCAAGCACUAUCCACUGUCAGCGUGCAAGAAGGCGCGCGGCUGCACGGUCAUUGCACUAUCUGCUCCCGUGCACCAGUCUAUCGCACAUCGAACACUUCACCGUACCGAAGCAUGGGCCACCCAUCGUGCCAAGAGCGCGACGAGUUCACAGACUUGCAUGAAGACGCCGGUAACAACCGGACAUACCACAUUUGCAACCACUGCAACAAUGCGUAUCGUGCUUCGCGGCAGCCAGCUGAGGGUAGUCACCGCGCAACACCGCACGAGCCUCCUGUCCCUGAGCCGAAGAGAAUUCGAGGGAGACCGGAAAACUAUAGAAGCCAUCUCAAAUUCUAUCAAGCCUAUAUUCAAACACGCAACUCUGUGGAAGCUGCUAGCCGUUCUUCCAGCUCAACAGCCUUUCAACGUAAUAGCAGUUCGUCUGUUCACGACGAUGCGUCCUCGACACGAAGUGAGAAAAGACAGAAGCGUAUCGACCAGUUUUUUUCAGGACCAUCGCAUGACGCGGAGGGAGAGAUCUUCAUGA